AUGUCGAAUGUCCCACGCUCCCACACUCCAGGCGGCUCGCGCCUCAGCACGGUACCGUCGCAAAAGCCGCGGCAGCUCUCCCACCUCCAGGCGCAACUGGCACAAUUGACGGCGAAUAUGGCGGACCUCGAGAGCUUGGUGCGUAUGACGGCGGGUCAGGCACAGGAUAUCCGGGGCUUGGGCGGUUACUGUGGUGCCAUCUUCAUGGCGGCGAGCAAAGUGCUGGGUGAAGAGACGGUCAAGGGUGGCGGAGCAGGGGACGAAAAGAGAGAGGGAAGGGACUGA